AUGGCUGUCUCAACUUCCGAUAUGGGCUCUGAUGUAUACACCGACUUGUUGACCUUCACCUUCGGAGGUCCCAAGCCUUACAACACAAACCAACCAUUGUUCAUCGAUGCAGAGGAUCCCUCGCGGUCAUUUACGGCGGCCCAAUUUCGACAACUGGUCCGGACUCUGAUCGCUGGUUUGAAAGCGCAUAAUGUGCAGUCAGGAGAUUGUGUGUUGCUGCAUCUUGGCAACAGUAUUUUAUAUCCCGCCUUAUUCUUCGGCAUUAUCGGCGCAGGAGGUGUCUACAUGGGCUCGAACCCCCGCAGCCAACCCCAGGAACUCGACCAUAUCAUCGCCCUCGCUGAACCCAAGUUGAUCCUCACAACUCGCGAUGCCCUCCCCUCUGUGCUCGAGGUCUCAGCUGGCCGGGGAAUCCACCCGGCCCAGAUAUGUUUGGUUGAUGAAUUUGCCAUUGAUCACUGUGCACAGCUGUUCCUGUGGCAGGAACUGGGGUAUUCCCAGUACUUCUCAUUGAACGGUGCAGAUGCCCGUCAUUCCAAUUUCGCCAAUCUACUCUUCUAUGGGGAAUGUGACUGGCUCACGUUUAAUGACCCCGUGGUUGCACGAACCACGCCUGCAGCCAUGUUCUCGACAAGUGGCACCGGUGGACUUCCCAAAGCUGCCAUCCUGUCCCACCAUGCGAUCGUCUCACAGCAUCGAUCUAUCUACUACGACGUGCCACAUCCCGUCAGCCGCUUGAUGUCGCUGCCCAUGUUCCACCUGUUUGGUGCCCUGUGGACACACCUCUUCCCUGUUCGCUAUGGCCACCCACUCUUUGUGCUACCACGCUUUGAGGUUCAAGAGUUCCUGACCACCGUGCGUCGCUAUCAAAUCUCCGAGACGUACCUGGUCCCUGCUAUCAUUCACUCCCUCAACCAAUCCCCUUUGAAGAUCGCAGACUACCUCUCAUCCAUCCGCUAUAUUGGUAUUGCAGGCGCGCCUAUUGAUGCAGCCUCCAUGCAGCAAUUCCGCAGCCACCUCAAUCCUAUGGCGUAUGCUUGUCAGAUUUGGGGUAUGACCGAAGUCGGCGUCACCUUCCAGACUCGGUACGGCCAGUCUGGGGACCCAGGCAGCAUCGGCACCUGUCUCCCAGGGUACGAGAUCCGGUUAGUCGAACAAGAGGGCAAGCUCGUGCAAGGUGAUGGCCAGCCAGGUGAACUUUACGUGCGCGGCCCCAGCCUGCUUAUGGGAUACAAGGGCCGUACAGAUGCCCUGGAGCCUCAUGGAUGGUUCCGCACGGGAGACAUCGCCUACUCAAAGCAGGGCCAGUACUACAUUGUAGGCCGAACCAAGGAGCUGAUCAAAGUCCGAGGAUGGCAAGUUGCACCAGCAGAACUUGAGGCAGUCCUUCUCCAACACCCUGGUAUCACCGAUGCAGCCGUGAUCGGAGUGAACAAGGAGGGCCUGGGCGAAGUCCCACGCGCAUUUGUGGUUCGCUCCCGCGAUCCAGCCGUGAGCCGGCUCACUAGCGAAGAAGUUUACAACCAUGCACGUCGUCACCUGGCAAGAUACAAGGCCCUUGACGGCGGCGUUAUCUUCGUCGAGGAGAUCCCCCGUACGGCCAGUGGCAAGAUCCAGCGCUUCAAGCUUUCCCAGAUGAACUCCUACCGCGAAAUGGUCGCAUCACUGUUAUCUCGGUUUGAGGGCGAUGGUGCGCGCGGACCCCACGCUAGAGUCGAUAUGUCGCCCGUUGGUAUGGCAGCUGAAGGACGAAUCGCUGUCUAA